CACAUCAGACCAAAUAAGAUCGGAUAAACAAAAAUAUGGUGAAUUAAACUAUAGUUACUCGUGGCACUUUGUAGGAAAUAAAACUUCACAUGCAUUGAAAAUUCACGAAAAUUACUACUCCAUCCAACCAAAAAAACACAUCCUACUCCAAAGAAGUAAAGAUAAAAGUGUUCUUAACCUACUCCAUUUUGUUUCAACCAAAAAGCGCGUAGGUUAACACAUCCUCCUCUUAAAUAAACAACCUAACCCCAUCAUCAUUUUCUACUUCCUCAUUUCAAACCGAAACUUCAUCAAACCAAAUCUCAACUCACCCUUUUUUUUUUUUUUCAAACCCAUUCUUCCUCCAAUCAACCACUUCCCAUUAAUUAAUAAAAAAACAAACAAACCAAGAUUCAACCCUAUAACUCCAUUACCAUCAAAACCAAUCUCCAAAACCACAAAAUAAAAUAAAAUCAAAACACAAUGAUAGAAGAAGCAGCACGGGGUCCGCCGCACGGCAUUCUACUAGCAGUAGUAGUAAUACUGGUAGUUUCAGGACCCAUGUUAAUCGGUGAUUGGGAAGCCAUUACUGAAUCAAUCUCCGAGUUUAUAAGUCCCAUUGGACUUCUUUUACUACCAAUAAUACUUCUUCUUAUAAUCCAGUUUCUAUCUUCGGAUCGUGGUAACUUCUUCACUUCAAUCUUUACCGCUACUGGUGAACCCGACUCCAUUCACCGUGCUAGUGGCUCUCCUUUCGGUGUCGCUCUCGUUCUUGCCAUCGUUCUCUUUCUUGUUUACAAUCGUAUGUCGCUCUUCGGCGGUGACGAUGAUUCUGAUGAUUGACUAUUACAGUAGAUCUGAUGAAGAUGAGUUAAUUAAUUUUGGGUUGAAAAGUAGUGGGAUCUUUGGGUUAAUUUUGCUUUUUUUUUUUUUUUUUUGUUUCUUUUUGCUUUUGUUUUGUACUCAUUUUGUCGUGAGUUAAUCAACUAUUUAAUUGCUUUUAAUUAUUUCGAUUGUGCAUAGAUAAAUUAUGUAAGUGUAAUAGUGAGUUAGUGAUAGUUUACUAGUAAAAGAUGUUUGUUAUUGUAUUUAGUACGAGUAUGAAAUUGGAAAAUUAAUCAUACGCGUUUGGAAAA